AUGCCGCGUUCUGGUCCCCGCAGCGCCCCGGGCUGCGGGGCGGCCGGUUGGGCAGCGAUCCUGCGGGCAGGGCAGGGCUCCCGUUUGACGCCGCUGACGGUGCCGCUGGAGCCUGCGCUGCUCCCCCGGGUCGCUCUGGAGAAAGCGGAGGCGAAUUCCGUGUCCCGCACGCGUGUACACCCGCAAGGGCUGUUCCCCGACCCCCUUUGUAAGCACCAGACGAGCAAUAAAGCUGCCGGUUUUGUACGAGCCGCUCUCCUCGCCUCUGCUUUGCGGGCGGGCGGGGCCGAACGGGCGCGGCGGGGCCGUUACCGGCCGCGGGUGGGGAUGGAGCCGCGUCCGGAGCUGCUCCUGCUGCUGCUGCUGCUGCGCUCACCGGUGCUGGCCCAGAUCACGGUCCCGCUGCAGCUGCCCGGGAACGCGACGGGAGAGGCGGACACGGUGUCCUACGUCCUCAGGAUCGAGGGGAAGCCGUACACCAUCCACCUGCAGCAGCAUGUCUUUUUAUCUGAUGAUUUCAGGAUUUAUGUGUCUAAUGAAAAGGAGUCUUUGCACUCUAAUUCAGCCCGUAUGAAGGCAGGCUGCCACUACCGGGGGUACAUCGAGGGCUUCCCCAGCUCGGCAGUGACCCUCAGCACCUGCUCGGGGCUCAGGGGCUUGCUGCAGUUUGAGAACGUCAGCUACGGGAUCGAGCCCCGGGCUGCUUCUCCUGCCUUCGAGCACUUUGUGUAUCGAGUGAGUGAGGAGCAGGCGGCAGGUUCCCUGCUGGCCAACAGCCCCACUGCCAGGGGGCUGGGCGGGCUGGCACUGGAGGAGCACCUCUCAGCUGAAGCACAAUCUCCCAAGUACUUCAAAGUGUACGUUGUUCUGGACAAUGCUUUGUACAACUAUAUGGGUUCAGACACAAAUGCUGCAACACAGAAGAUAAUCCAGGUCUUCAAUUUGGUCAACAGCAUGUUUAAUCCUCUUAAUGUUACUGUUGUGCUGACCUCCCUGGAGCUGUGGACGAAAGAAAAUAAAAUCUCAACAGAAGGGGCAGCAGAUGACCUUCUACAGCGAUUUUUAGAGUGGAAACAGUCACAUCUCACUCCGCAGUCGUAUGACAUAGCUCAUCUCUUGGUGUACAGGGACCCGGCAGCGUUCCUGGGAGCAGCGGCUCUGGGGAAGGCGUGUCAGAGGGAUGCUGCGGGUGCAGUGGCCGUGUUCCAAGGGGCCGUGACGCUGGAGUCCUUCUCCGUCGUCCUGGCGCAGCUGCUGGGACGCAGCCUGGGCAUGAGCCCCGACGGCUCCCGGGAGUGCGGCUGCCCCGGGCGCGUCUGCGUCAUGAGCCCCGAGGCGCUACGAUUUAGUGGGGCAAAAGCCUUCAGCAACUGCAGCAUCAGGGACUUUGAAGCCUUCCUGAGGCACGGGGGAGCCACCUGCCUUUUCAAUAGACCUCUCUGGCCCCAGCUGUCCCACCCGAGAGCGGCCACCUGCGGCAACGGCGUGGUGGAGCCCGGCGAGCAGUGCGACUGCGGGACCCCCCAGGCAUGCUUGAAGGACAAAUGUUGUACUAACACCUGUCAGUUUAAGCCGGGAGUGAAAUGUUCCUCUGGAUUAUGCUGUAAUGAAUGUCAGUUCAAGCCCAAGAACUCCCUGUGCCGCCCCCCGGCCGACCUGCAGUGUGACCUGCCUGAGUUCUGCAACGGCUCCUCGGCGUCCUGCCCCCCCGACCUGUACGUGCAGGACGGGCACAACUGCGAGCACAGCAGCGGGUACUGCUACCAGGGACGCUGCCGCUCUCCAGACCUGCAGUGCCGGCAGAUCUACGGGAAAGAUUCAAAAAACGCUCCUGUGGCUUGUUACGAGGAACUCAAUAGUCAUGGGGACAGAUUUGGACACUGCGGGUUCCAGCCCAGACAAGGCUUUAAGUCCUGUGCUUGGAGGCAUCUGAGAUGCGGGAAGUUAAUCUGCACGUACCCGUACAGCACUCCAUUUCCAUCAGAUGCUGCUGCUGUUCUUUAUGUCCGAGUGCACGAGGAUUUAUGUGUAUCUUUGGAUUAUUUGAACACACCAGCAAGGCUGGAUCCUCUUCUGGUUCCGCCAGGUACAAAGUGUGGCUCUGAGAAGGUGUGUAUGAACAACACUUGUCAACCACUCUCUGUCCUGGGAUAUGACUGUGACAGUGAAGUGCAGUGCCAUGGCCAUGGAGUGUGCAAUAAUAAGGGACACUGCCACUGCCACCCUGGCUGGAAGCCCCCCGACUGCCUGCAGAAGGGGUCCCCCCUGGGGGGGAGCAUCGACAGCGGCCUCCAGGUGCCGGACAGUGGUCUUCCCAAGCAGCGGUUGCUGUGGGACAGGACGCUGGCCUGGCCGGUGCUGUACUCCUGCCUCCUUCUCCUCAUCCUGGCUGUGGCCACCAGCCUCAUCCUCUGGUGGCAGGGCUGGUGCUGCAGGUGGCUGCCCCCGAGCACGGAGGGCUCUGCCACCCAGGAGGACGGAGACGGCUCGGAGCCUGAUCCGGAGUUCGAUCCGGAGUAUGAUCUGGCGUCUGAUCUGGAGCCUGAUCUGGAGUCUGAUCCGGAGCCUGAUCUGGAGUCUGAUGCGGAGCCUGGACCAGACCUUGUCUCGGAGCCGGGGCCGCCGCGCGGGCGCUAA